ACAAUAAUCUUAUUGAAGAAAAACCGAAACUCACAUCCCAAUUAGUAGUUGCAUUAAGAGAGUAUUUGCAGCAGGCAGCAGUUCCUUACCAAAGGAUUACUGAUGGUCGCUACUUCCGACGCACGGGACGCACUAUUCAGUUUACCACUCGGGUUACUCCUGACUACGACAAAAUUAUUAGAGAAAUAGCUCACCACGAAAAUUGCCUGUUAGUAGAAAUAUUAGAAAAAUCUCUAGAAUCUUAUUGUAGAGAAAUAAAUUGA